AUGAACAAAAAUGUGUCCUUGUUUUCAUCAGAGAAAGCACAUCAAGAAUACAAGAAAAAUACUCUUGAAGAGAUUCCCAAGCUUUUGAGGGCAGUCCUAUUCCGAAAUGAGGAUUGUCUGGGAGUUUUCAGCGACCACACAGCCAUUUUGUUGUGCGAAGAGGCCUCUACUUUUUAUUACUUUAGUAACAUCUGCCCAUCGGAGAAUGAGUAUGAGAUCAACAAGAUCCUCGGUGAGAAACAGCCCUCCUAUGAGUUUCAACUUACAGCCUUUGUUCAGAACAAAGGGAAAGAGCAAAUCAAACUCAAGCUCAAUCAAAUCUUGAGGUUUUUUAAUUGCCAUGUUGAGAGCCCAUACCUCUGUGAACAAGUACUCAUUCAAAAUGGAAUCAAACGAAUGUUUGAAUCCCAAGUAAUGAUGACAACGGUUCAAUGGAAAUACAAUUCAGAUUUUGUAACGUUUAACAAAGAUGGUUCUGUGACAUUGAAGAGUGUCACUUAUCCAGAUUAUGUAAAUAUUACUCUUGCUCCAAACGGCGUGCUCUUCAAAGUUACUUUCCCAGCACUUGUUCAUUCUCGAAACCAAGACAAAUUUCAUUAUAUACUUCAAGAUCAAUUAUUCUCCAUUCAUUACUAUCCUUGCGUUUGGGAAGAAGCUUUAAAAAUUGUACUUUUUUACUACAAACAUCGAAUGAACCGACAAGACACUCCCAUUAACAAUGAACAUACAAUUACAAUCAAUUUGCCUAAAACAAAACCUCCAUUAAGGAAGCAAAACAGCAUCCCAACAAGUAUAAGCAUUCCUUCACUGGCUUGUGUUUUCAAUACUAUUUCCGCUCAUCCUCUCAACCAAAGUUGUGUCUCUUUUCUAUCAUGUUGUCUCGGCAAAAAUAAUAACAUCUUGAUCGAAUAUAAUGAAUAUAUGACAUUGAAAUACUUAAGAAAGGUAACUGAACUUGUGUUAAAUAAGGAAGAAUAUUGUUUCCUUUCGGACAACUUUACUUUUCUUAAAUACUGGACAUACGACCCUACCUUUGAAAAACAAAUUUCAAAAGUAUAUGAUUUAAAUUUAUUACCUGAGGAGAUUCAUCAAUUUUGCGACAAUACUCUUGGAAAUGUAACCAUUGAAUCCUCAAUUCCACUUCAAAAGCUGACAACUUUGAUGAAAUAUUUCUUUCAAUCAUGCUCUAAAAUUGACGAUAACACCAAGGGUGUCGAUGAUUUUCCUCGUUCAAAUAUCUACUCUUCAAUUCUCAUCACCAAACAAACACUCAACAACAUUGGAUGCUUUGAGAUGUAUGCUGAUAAAAGAGUGAGAGCAAAAUUUGAUGACCGAACCAUUGUGGAAGUUCAAGAAAAGGACCCCAACACGUUAUUCAUAUCAAUACUCUCUUCAACAGCUGAAGUAUCUCACUUCUUUUUGGACAAGGAUUCCAAAGUGCCAGUCUUAUUUAGAAGUUACAUUGAUAUUGUUUUGGAGUUUAGAAAAGAAUGUCUCAAGACUGAACAACAAAAACACAUGGAAAAGAGACAGGUUAUUGAGCUCGGAAAAAUAAUUCAAGAUUGUUGUCAGUCUAAUCAGCUGUUUCUCGCCAUUAACCAGUUCAAAAGCAAACAAAACUUGACCAAGCCAAUUCUUUGA